CUCGCUCUCGAGGCCACGCCGCUUCUUGUUGCGCUCCAGUUGACUGAACUGCUGAGAAUUGCCCUUCACUGAGGUGGAUUUAACUAUUCAACUCAGGCCACAAGCACCAGCCACUGCCAAAUAAAGACUUCCAAAACAAGCGCAUCAACAAAGAGCCACAAACUUGAACUGCAGUCCAAGCGCACGAGCACGCGCGCACGUCAGGCAACGACAACGCAAGUUUCGGGUCGACAGCUACGCGGUGCGACAGCAAGGCUCAAUCCCGCAGAGCCCAUCGUCGCCAUGGCACAACCGACUCAGCUUGCCUACCGCACUUCCAAGCACAUCGGCGUGUUCGACGCAGCUCCCGUCUACGAGGCUCUUCCUGGCUUUCAGCGUCCAGAGGGCAAUCUCCGGUGUAGCGUCUACUCUCCAGACGGCCGAUUCUUUGCCUGGGCCUCGCCAGAACACGUAACCGUCGUUGAUGCCUCCACGGGCCAUGUUGUCACUACGCUGCCCGCCGAUAAUGUCUUCGAGCUCGGCUUCUCACCCGCUGGCACCUUCAUCAUUACCUGGCAACGCCCGUCCAAGGACGAGGAGGGAAAUGCGACGAAGAAUUUGAAGGUGUGGCGUACAAUCGACGAAAAUGCCGGCGAAGAUGGCGAGCGCGCCGUUGUAGGCAAAUUUGUGCAGAAGAAUCAGACUGGCUGGAACUUGCAAUACACGCAGGACGAACAGUUCUGUGCUCGUUGUGUAAACAACGAGGUGCAAUUUUACGAGAGCAAAGAUCUUGGCACUGUCUGGACCAAGCUGCGCGUCGAGGGCGUCACCGACUUUGCGCUAUCGCCUGGCAAGACCAACUCUGUGGCGGUCUUCGUGCCUGAGCGCAAUGGUCAGCCUGCCGCCGUCAAGGUCUUCAACGUUCCGCAGUUCACGCAGCCCGUGUCGCAGAAGACAUUUUUCAAGGGCGACAAGGUUCAGCUUAAGUGGAACCAGGAGGGUACCAGCCUGAUUGUACUCGCGCAGACUGAGGUUGAUAAGAGCAACAAGAGUUACUACGGAGAGACAAACAUGUACAUCCUGAGCGCUAAUGGCGGGUUUGACUCUCGUAUCACACUCGAUAAAGAGGGUCCCAUCCACGACGUGACGUGGUCUCCAAACUCGAAGGAGUUUGGUGUCGUAUACGGCUACAUGCCAGCCAAGACGACAAUCUUCAACCACCGUGCUAUCGCUCAGCACAGCUUCAACCUUGGACCCAGGAACACGAUUCUGUUCUCUCCUCACGGUCGAUUCGUUAUUGUUGCCGGCUUUGGAAACUUGGCGGGACAGAUGGACAUCUACGACUUGUCGAAGAAUUACGAGAAGGUGUGCACGAUUGAGGCCAGCAACGCUUCCGUUUGCGAGUGGAGCCCCGAUGGCAAGCACAUUUUGACGGCGACCACGAGCCCGCGCCUUCGUGUGGACAACGGGAUUCGUAUCUGGCAUGUUGGAGGUGGUUUGAUGUACAACGAGGAUAUGACGGAGCUAUACCAAGUCACUUGGCGCCCUCAGUCUGCUACGCUGCACCCUGUCGAGAACGCACUUCACCCAGUCCCAACUCCACACCCAUCAGCUUUAGCUUACCUUGGCACUCGAAAGACGCCUUCAAAGCCUGCUGGUGCUUACCGACCACCUGGUGCCCGCGGCACUGCCACGCCAUUGGCCUUCAAGCGUGAAGACGAAGGCGGUGCUGCCUUUGUGAGGGAGAUGAUGUCUGGUAAAGAGCCAGCAACGAACGGGUUCGGGCCUAGGGCGCCUAGACCACGUCACGUACCUGGUGCUGAGACGGUCAGUGGCGAUCUCCCUCCUGGCGCUGCGCCAGGCGGAGGUGUGUCUCUUGCUCAAGAUGGCGACGAGAAUCUGAGCAAGGCAGCUCUCAAGAACAAGAAGAAGCGUGAGGCUAAGAAAGCGAAGGAGGCAGAGGCGAAGUCGCAAGGCCUGCAGGCUCCAGGACAGAACGGUGAAGGCCCCCACGAUCGCAACCAACGCUCUCGAAGCCGCUCGAACACACAGAGAGGCAAUCAACAGCACGGCUCCCGACCUCAUUCGAGACGGCGCGACGCACCACCGCCGGUCAACACCCAGCAGCCUCACUCUGGCGCACCUGCCGCGACUAAGGGUCGCGCCAACGGUGCCACGGUCGCUCCUGCCGCUGCUGCCGUCGAGGCCCCCGAGCUGAGUGUUACAUCUCCAGGUGCGGGCACGCCUGAAGAGAAGAAGAUCCGAUCACUACUGAAGAAGCUGCGAGCAAUUGAUGACCUAAAGAUGAGACAGGCUGGGGGCGAGAAACUCGAAGGCACGCAGGUGCUCAAGAUCGGUACUGAGGAGCAGGUGAGGAAGGAACUUACUGCUGCGGGCUAUACUGGGGACUAGACCAACGCUUCAAUGGCCUCAGAGCGUGUCAAAACGUCAGAGCUGUGUCUCAACAUGACCAUCCCGACCAUACUGUAAAGUUAAACCCACAAUUCAAAUGCCCGAUGGGCCGUUCGUGGAAAGGCCUGGUUUGGCAUUGCCUCUCCU